UGUUUAUUUAUUUAAUUUAAUGGGCGUUGAAAUAAAAAAAUAAAAAGAAAAAAGGAACCCUAGAUUUCUUCGAUCGUGUGUGUCAACAACAGAGAGACGACGCGAAGAGGAAAAGGAAGAGUCUUUUAUCUUAUCAUGAGUCCAGGGUUUCGUUUUCUCUCCCAACCCUAGAUUGAUUUCUUCGAUCGUCCUAUCCAAAUCGCGAUUUCAAUGGAGGGAGUUGGAGAUACGUCGUCGUCUGAAGGGAAUCUGAUAUCAGCAGCAGCGUUCGUGGAAGGGGGAAUACAAGAGGCUUGUGAUGAUGCUUGUAGCAUCUGUCUCGAACCCUUCUGCGAUAGCGAUCCUUCUACUUUGACUAGUUGCAAGCAUGAGUUUCAUCUUCAAUGCAUCCUUGAGUGGUGUCAAAGGAGUUCACAGUGCCCUAUGUGUUGGCAAUCUAUUAGUCUCAAAGACCCCACUGGUCAGGAAUUGCUUGAGGGUGUUGUACAGGAGAGGAAUCUCCGCUUCAAUCCAUCUAGAAACGCCACCAUUUUUCGUCAUCCUACUCUCGGCGAUUUUGAAUUACAACAUCUCCCAGCGGGGGUGGAUAAUGCAGAGCUUGAAGAACGCAUCAUUCAGCACUUGGCUGCUGCUGCUGCUGCUGCUAUGGGCCGUGCAAGACAUGGGACAAGAAGGGAAGGCCACAGAAGCAGCAGGUCAUCAACUCAAGGUGGUCAUCCACAGUUCAUGGUCUUCUCUCCUCCUCCUAACGCUCCGCCUUCUCCUCCUCCCAUGCUUUCCUCUCCAUCUCAGAGAGAUGAGACUGACCUUCACAAUGCUACUAUAGGGGAGGGUUCUCUACAGUCAAACAUGCAGCCACCACCAGCUUCUUCUCAUCCUCACCAGGGUUCUCCUUCGGCAUCUGAUUCAAACACCAGGUCUCCUAAUCAAUCUUCUCCAAGUGACCAAGAUAGAGCUGGACCAUCCGAACUCCAAUCAUUUUCAGAAUCUUUGAAGUCUCGUCUAACCUCUGUCUCGACGAGAUACAAGGAAUCGAUAACAAAGAACACGAGGAACUGGAAAGAUAGAUUUUUCUCUCGCAACACGUCCAUGGCAGAACUUGGCUCUGAGGUUAAAAGAGAGGUCAGUGCUGGAAUCGCCACUGUGUCCCGCAUGAUGGAACGUCUAGAAACGAGAGAAAACAGUAGUAGACCUGACACUGCAUCUGUACCAUCAUCAAGUGGCACAGAAAAUCACACUCCUGCUGAAUCAAACAAUGAGCGUAAUAGAUCAGAAGCGGGUGAUGAACAUUCUUCGAAUGAAAGAGGUGUGAAAGAAACAUGUGCGGCUGGUUCUAGUUCUAGCUAAUAAAACAAGUGCCAGCGUCUUGUUGGCAAAGAGAUUGGAAGAUGAUUUCCGUCGUGCAAUUCUGCUAUAUAUAUAUAUAUAAUAUAAUACCGAGUCGGAAGUUCGAAAGUGUGUGAGCAUAAGAAGAGUUUCUGAUUCUUAAAAAAAAGAAAAAUAAGAAAAGGUUAUAUGACUAAAAGGAGGCUUGUUUCAGAGAUGAUACGCUUUCUUAUGUGUUGUGCUAUUAUGUCAAAACUAAAACUAUAAAGAAACAGUAAAGACAAUUGUUCGUUGGUCAGUGUGUUGUAAAUUGACAGUGUCGUUCACAUUACUGUUCUGGAUCAGUUCUUAAUUGCUAUUGUUAUGAUUGUUACCUA